AUGGCGGAGUGGGCUGGAAGACGCGAGGACCGACGCGGGCGGAGGAGGGAGAGCGGAGGGGACGGAGGGGACGGGACGGGGAGAAGGGACGGCGCGGCGCGGGGCGGGAUCCGGCGCCGGGGCCUGGGGCCGGGAAGUGGAGGGCGGAGGGCGGGCGGGCGGGCGGCGCGGGGAGCGAGGCGGCGCGGUGGGGGCGGGGGCGGGGGCUCGGCGGAGGGCGGGGGCUCGGGUUACCGCGCGGAGGGAGGGAGGGAGGGAGAGAGGAGGCGGCGCCCCUGCGGCGGUGGCGGGCGGGCGGACGGACCGACCGACGGCCGGGCGAGCGAGCGCAGACGGACGGCGGCCCGCGCGGAGCGCGCCCUGAGCUCCGGCCGAACCGCAGCGGGCGAUGCGCGGCCCCAGGCCCCGCGCGGGCGGGCGCUGCCCCGGGGGCUGACCGCGGCCGCCGGCGUCCCAGCACCGGGCGAGCGAGCCCGCGCCGCGCUGAGGUCAGUGUCCGGCCCGGCCGGCCGCGCCCGCGGGCUCGGCGGCCUCCCCGACAGCGGCGGCGGCGGCGGCGGAGCCGGGGGCUUUGUUCUGAGCCGAGACAAUGGGGGAGGGGGGGCCGGGGCCUGCGGGAGAGGGCGAGCGUGA